UAUUAUAACACCACAGUUUCGAACAAGUUGAUCUGGUCCGUGACUAAGAAGCCUCCCGUAGCACCGUAAAGCUUUUCCCUUCCCCUUCGCCAGACUUCGCAAUUUCGCGCAGAACAUCUCAGAUUUAGUGCAUAGCUUUUAAUUUCGUACAGAGGGACAGGGAGAGGGAGAGGAGAGGGAGAGAUCUACUGUAAUAAUGUCGAAGAAGAAAGCUUCCGCCGGUAAUACCAUGACUCUCAAGGAUUUCCACGGCGGUUCUAUCCCUUCCGAUCUCCCUCUUCCUUCUGCUCCUGGCGUGAUUCUUAGGGCCUCUGAGUGGUCUGGUGGUUAUGACCGACCUAACUCGUGGGGCGGUCCGAUGGCGGGUCGGGGUGAUCACCAUCGGCCGCGCCCUAAUUCGUCUCCCGGAGCUAGGCAUUUUGAUGAUAAGACCCCGUUCCUCAGCCAUACAUCUCAUAUUGGCCGUCAUUUUGAUGAAGACGAACGGAAGCCGUUGGAUGGUGUUUCUGCCCCGCGUCGGACUGUUAGCGAUGAGAGCUUUCGGAGCGUUGGUUCGAGUAGGGUGGAGAUGAAGCCGGAGCCUGUUUCGAGUGGGAGAGUGUUUGGUUCUGCUAUAGGGUCGCAGGUUGGGAGUUCCUAUUCUGGGAGGAUUGGUGACGGUGCUCAUGUGGGGUCAGUUUCGCGCAAUAUCGGAGGUAAUAAUGGACAGAGUGGAGGCUCUCACUCUCACCCCAAUGUAUGGGCAGCUAGGAAGGAGUCAGCAGCGGGUGUUAAUGAGCCUGUACAAGCGGUCUGGUCAGGAGCGAGUGCUGUUUCAAAGUUAGCUCAUGCAAGUGCACUCGAAAAAGUGUCUUCCGGUAGAUGGCAGACAAAGCAUUCUACUCAGCAUCAAGCUGAUGUUGAGGUCAUCGAACAUUUCGAAACAGACAAGGGUGCUUAUUUUGGAGGACAUGAUCGUUAUGCAUACAAUAGGAUAGGUGCCGAGGGUGGGAGAGAGUAUUCUGAUGCAGCAUUUGCAAGGCACGUGGAAAGGAGUUUGGUUAUCGAGGAUGGGUUCCAAAAUAAUAGGAAGGAAUAUGUUGACCAUGAAAGGACCAGGAAUGUAUCAGUGGUAGGCGACAGGGAUUAUCUACAACGUAACGUUAUCAGAUCUAGUGGGCCUGAACUGAUACCCCCUAUGCAAUUGGAAUCAUCAGAACGGCCUAAGGUGAAUUUGCUUCCUAGAACAAAGCCAUUGGAAAAUGUGGAAAGCCCUACUGGUGAUUAUAAGCAGGGAUACCAACACCUGAGUAACUCUUCUAAUGGUCACAUUCAAAAGAGUGAACCACCUACGCAUUUUAAUGUCGGUAAAUCUGGUUUACUUGGUGAGAGUGACAAUCAGGUGAUGGAGAGACCGAAAUUGAAUUUGAAGCCACGUUCACAUCCUCUUGAAAAAUCAGAAGAAACCCUAGAAAGAGAAAGAGUGGCAUUAUUUGGUGGUGCACGCCCGCGCGAACUAGUUUUGAAAGCGCGGGGAGUGGAUGAUGUUGUAAACAAUCAUGACAUGGGUCAGGAUCCUGAUAGGGUCAAGCAUAAUGUUCCCAAGGUUGAAAAAGUUUCUGAGCAUACUUUUACAAAUGCUCGUGUUGAAAGAACCGACAAUAAUGCCCAUGUGGAUCAGAGGACGUUAAAAAAUUUCGAGAGGAAGGAUCAGAGAGUAGAUGCUGAGAGAGUUGAUAAGCAGAAGAGAAUUUGGCGGAACGAGAACUGGAGGAAUGGCAGGGACUCUGAGAGGCAGCAGCACCAGCAUCAGCACCAGCCACAAGUACAGCAGGAGAGACCUCCUUCACCAGAGACGUGGCGCAAGCCUAUUGAGCAACCAAAAUCUGCCUCCCACGACAGUGCUGGUCUGCGCUAUGGCAAAACAGCAUCAGCCAUGGAGCUUGCUCAAGCAUUUUCUAAAUCAUUAUCACAUUCAAAACCGGCUGAUCGAAGUUCUAGCCAAAGGAGCCUCCCGGGCAAGACUCAGGUACCCUUUUCACGGUUGACGGGCUCAACAUCAAGGCCGCAAUUAAAUGGCUACUAAAAUAUUGAUUGAUAUCGGGUAUCUGGUCGGAAGAAGAUCAUGUUGCUGAUUUUUCAGGCUAUUAUUAUUAUUCUUAUCAUAUAGGAAAAUUGAUGGCCAUCUGAUUGAUUGACCUUUCUGUUUGGUGCCAUCUUUUACUUUAUAACCCCAUAUCACAAUUUUUAUUCUUUUUAUUUUCUCAGUUAAGAAAUUGGCCCUUGAUUACUGUAACCUCAUUUUUUAGAAGAGAAAGUGAUUUAUUUGUGUUUCUUUAUA